AUGACAAGUUCAGCAAUUUUCGAGAAGCUGGUGCUACAUGCACCGCAUAUCUCCAGCAAGCAAUUGGUCCCUGCCUUCAUUUAUGGAACGGCCUGGAAAAAAGAGGCCACCACAGAUCUUGUCUACAAGGCUCUUUGCAAUGGCUUUACGGCUGUUGACACAGCUGCCCAACCAAAGCAUUACAGGGAAGAGCUUGUCGCGGCAGGAAUUGCCAAAGCUAUCAAUGAGGCAAAGGUCAGGCGAUCAGACAUCUACUUACAGACCAAGUUCACAAGUAUACACGGACAAGAUCCCGACAACAUGCCUUACGACAAGAACACUCCCCUUACGGACCAGGUGAAUGCUUCCAUCAUAAGCUCCCUACAGAACUUCAAUUUUGCCAAUGUGGUCAAGGAAGGCGAUGUGAGAGGCCCUUACAUUGACACCCUUGUUCUGCAUUCUCCCAUGAAGACGUUCGACGAGACUUUGGAGGUAUGGCGCACCCUCGAGCAAUAUGUGCCUAAUGAGAUCCGCAACUUGGGUAUCUCCAACUGCAACCUUUUCACGCUGAUGGACUUGUAUGAGCGGUCAUCCAUCAAACCAAGUGUGGUGCAGAAUCGCUUUUAUCCAUCUACCAAAUUCGAUAUCGGCGUACGCAAAUUCUGUCAAGAGAAAAACAUCAUCUACGAGAGUUUUUGGACUCUGAGUGCCAAUCCGGAUCUUGUAUGGUCAGCAGAGGUCGGUUCCCUUGCCAGUCAGGUGGGUAUUAGCACUCAGUCGGCACUGUACUGUCUGGUGCUCGGGCUGGGGAAUAUUACGAUUCUCAACGGGACCACGAGCGUGAGCCACAUGCGGGAAGACUGGGAGGCAAUAGACAAGGUGAAGACGUUCGCGGAGAAGCAUCCGCAACAUUGGGAGAGUGCGGUCUCUCGCUUCCGCAUUCUGAUCGGUCAGUCAAAGCGUUGA